AUGAUGGAAAUAAGUGAAGUUCCCCAGCAGCAACAACAGCAACACCAAGGGCAGCAGUCACAACUGCCGUUGGAUUUCAGUGUUACAAUGGUUAACAUUAAACUGAACAACGUGAACGUGAAUUUGAACACGAAUAACAAUAGUAUUAGUGUUUUGAAUAACAACUCCAACCACGGUGGCGGUGGCUUAAAUCAUAGCAGCACCGGUAGUGGUGGUCAGCACGAAACAAUGGGAACUCUACUGGCUGCACAUCAACAGCAUCAGCAGCAGAUGCAGAAUGGCGGUGGAAGCUGCAGUGCUAACGGAAGCAGUAACAGCGCUGCCCUGACAAGUGCAUUCAAGGUGGUGAUGCCGCGAGGGAAGGCCGACGUAUCCGCCAACGGACUGUCGCCACUGCUGAUCAACAACGAGCUACUCGUGAACCACUACCGGCGAUUGCUGCACCCGGCAGCAGUGUCGCGACUUCCGAACGGAACCAACAACGGCUACGACGAUGGAGUGGAUGUGCAAAAAGCUAACCGUGAUGAAAUCAAAUUCGGCGUCAGUCGGCUGGUCAAGAAUGAAUCGGAAGACGAGGACAACAACAACGUGUACCACCAGUCGCACAGCCACGUGACGAAUGCUUCCUCCAAUGGGUACGACUCGAGUAGCCUCAGCGUGCGGUCGCGAUCGCGCAGCAGAUCGAGAUCCCGGGAUCGGUCCACCCGGUCUCGAUCGUCAUCGAUAGAGCUAGAAGUGGACUCUCCCCCGCCUCCACGGAUCAGCAUAUCACCGACGACGGAAAUACCGCACAUCCCGAAAAAUUCGGAAGCAUUUUCCGUAUCAGCCUUGCUGAAGCGUGAGGACGAACCCAAAUCAAAGUCGCCUUUAUCGAACGGUUCGUUCGAGUGUGUCAGACCCAACUAUAGCCAAUUUUACGAGCAAAGUUUGCUCAACCGACCACUGUUUCAUCCGUUUCCAUUCUUCGCCAUGCUGCAGCAGCAAGGUCACCAACUGAACCCCGCCUUAAGCAAGUAAAUUAGACACACCCUCGGAGUUGCACCUGAUUCCUCCGGGACUAACCACUAUCUAUUUCACAGCUAUCACCCUUCGACGCCGGAAGACAUCCUCCGGUUGCGGCAUUUCAUGGCACAGAAUGCGGCCGUUGUGGCCGGUGGGGGUGCGGGUGGAGCGAACGGUCCUUCGAUAGCCCAUCUGGACUUUGGCCAUCCGCAUCACCCGCAUCACCUGCUGAUGCGACCAGAAGUACACGCGCGGCGAGCGCACAACGGCAAACGGCCGUACGCCUGUGAGCUGUGCAACAAAACCUUCGGGCACGAGAUUAGUUUAAGUCAACAUAGGGCUGUGCAUAGUGUAGAGAAAGUGUUCGAGUGCAAGCAAUGUGGGAAGGCCUUCAAGCGAUCCAGUACCUUGUCGACGCAUCUGCUGAUUCACAGUGACACCCGGCCUUACCCGUGCGGGUUCUGUGGGAAACGGUUCCACCAGAAAAGCGACAUGAAGAAGCAUACCUACAUUCAUACUGGUGAAAAGCCCCACAAAUGCCAGGUAUGCGGUAAGGCAUUCAGCCAAAGCUCCAAUCUGAUAACCCAUUCGCGGAAGCACACGGGCUACAAACCGUUCCAGUGUGAGCUAUGCCAUAAGGCAUUCCAGCGCAAGGUGGACCUCCGACGGCACAAGGAAACACAGCACACCGAGCUCCGGCCGAUGGUCAACUAA